AUGGCUUCCCACACCACCUCCAAAGUCUUUCAGCGCGAUCUCGGGGACCAUAACAUCUGGUUCUGGAAGCAGCGCUCGUCGGAUGUCGCCGAUGUCCUCGAGGAGCUCGAGCCACACGGAAACGGCGAGACGGGGAGCUUCGUGAGCGAGUGGAAGAAAUCAAGCGUCUUUCCGUCCGAAGUCCAUGUCGAGUUGCUGACGAUAGGCGCCAUUCCGCAUCCGUAUGUCGGGUUCAAUGAGCACAAGGUCCAGUGGAUCGGCGAGGUCGAGUGGCUAUACAAAUGCUCCUUCAGUUGCGACGCCUCAGGAAGGCACCGGAACGCCAUCUUGACCUUCGAAGGCCUCGACACCAUUUGUGAUGUGUAUCUUAACCGCAAGAAGGUCCUUUCUGCGAACAACCAGUUCCGAACCUACACCUAUCAAAUACCGGCUUCGCCUGCUGGACCUGGGUUGGAUCUUCAAUCGGAGAACAUUUUGCUUCUCCACUUCAAGUCAGCGAAGGCUCUGGCCAAGGUGGAAGAGGAAAAGUACGGCAAAGUAAGAGCAGGAUCGACCAACCUUGGCGAUCCAAGUCGUGUUUAUAUCAGGAAGGCUCAAUACGACUGGCGAUGGGACUGGGGACCUGAAUUGAUGACCUGUGGCCCUUACCGGCCUAUCAAACUCACCACUUACGACGUUCGCAUCGAAAACUUCCAUCCUUGGUCAUUCAUCUCUUUCAAGCCCGGCGAUAGCUCCCUCGAUACCAUCGUUUUAAACGUUGAUAUCACUCUCACAGGCUCGGUCGAUUUGACCCAGACAUCUGUCCUUGUAACUCUUCUCGACGCGGACAGGAGACCGAUUCGGUCUCAAAGCAUUCAACUCAAGUGGGGCGAACAGAAGGCAACCACGGCUGUUUCCUGGGCGGAUCUACAACUCGAUGGGGUUGAACUCUGGUGGCCUGUAGGAUAUGGGAAACAGACAUUAUACACGGUCAAUGUAUCCCUGCUGGACGCUGAAUCCAACGUCGUCGACAAGAAGACCAAACGGAUUGGCUUCCGCACUGUGGAACUCGUGCAGGAACCGCUGGCCGAGCCCGAUCAAUACGGAACGGGCACCACAUUUCUUUUCGAGAUCAACAAAGUGCGGAUGUUCAUGGGAGGUUCGAACUGGAUACCGGCAGAUAAUCUCCUCACAACGAUAACCGAGGAAAGGUAUCGAUCCUGGUUGACCUUACUCCGCGAUGGAAAUCAGAAUAUGGUUCGCUUGUGGGGUGGGGGGAUAUACGAACCCGAUAUUUUCUAUGAUAUCUGUGACGAACUCGGGCUUCUCGUCUGGCAAGAUUUCCAGUUUGCCUGUGGCGUCUACCCGGCGCACGACGACUUCGUCGCUAGCGUCAAGCAGGAGGCUGAAGACAACGUAACUCGUUUGAGGCACCACCCUUGCAUUGCAGUAUUCUGCGGUAACAAUGAAGACUAUCAACAAGUGCUGCAAUGGGGUGGUAUCGGGGAGCUGCCUGCGCGCUUAAUUUACGAGCAUGUUCUCCCGGACGUCGUCUCUCGGCUCACGGACCCACCUCUCCCCUAUCAUCGGGGAUCACCUUACGGUGGGAAAGGCUGGGACACAAGCGAUCCUACGAUAGGAGACGUUCAUCAGUGGAACGUUUGGGGAGGGAAGGAGCUUCAAUACCAGGAAUAUGACAGGCUUGGAGGGCGCUUCGUCAGCGAAUUUGGCAUUCCUUCGAUGCCGCCGAUUUCCACCAUCAAGUACUGGAUGCAGGGUGUAGACGCAUCGCAGUGGUACUCACAGUCUCCGUUGAUGGCUCAACAUACGAAGGCAGGAAGCUUCGAACGCCGGUUCGCAAUUGUGAUGAACGAGAACUUCAGGUUGACAAGCGACUUCGAGACCCAUGUUUACAUUACACAACUAAUGCAAUCCGAAGCUGUGAGCUUUGCGUACCGUGUGUGGAGGCGGGAGUGGAGGGGGCGCGGGCAUGAAUACAAUGCAGGAGUUCUUGUUUGGCAGUCGAACGACUGCUGGCCUGUUGUCUCGUGGUCACUGGCAGAUUACUUCCUGCGUCCGAAGCCAGUUUACUAUACGAUUGCCCGCCAACUGGCUCCCAUAUCAGUUGGAAUAUUCAGAAUAGUUGUGAAGAACAGGGACAACGACAGGCCCCGUCAGUUCUACGAAUUUGGAGCGACCCAAACCUUUCAUGCGACACUUGAAAUAUGGGGCGCGAAUAGCACUCUUUCAGCGCGUCCUGCGAGGCUGGAGCUCCGAUUCUUUGACCUCCUUUCAUCGGACUGGUCAUACUCAGAAGAUCACGAAGUCACCCUCCUCCCGAAUCAAUCAACUGAACUCGUCACGCUACGCUGCCCAGGGCCAGUAAGAGAAGAAUACACCCUCGGGGACCCGUUAUAUGUUGGCUCAGCGAACGUCGUCGCGAGUGCUCGUCUGGUCGACCCGACCACGGGAGAAGUGCUGGCAAGGUUCUCUGAUUGGCCGGAGCCUUAUCGGUUCUUACAGCCCCCAGAUCCAGGUCUGAAUGUCGAGGUACAUCCUUCGCAGGGUAAUGGACGAACAGAAUUGAGGAUAACGGUAGACCGUCCGGCCAAGUGUGUUGUAUUCUCCGCUGCGGAAGAACCGGGGCGCAACGUCAAGUGGAGUGACAAUGCGCUCGACCUGGUACCGGGUGAUGCACAAGUCAUCAUCGCCGAAGGGUUGAAGGGCGCGAAGAUUAGUGUGGCAUACUUUGGGCAUGAAAAAUCCAGUUAUCUAUAA